UCACCACCACCGCCAUGUCCAUCCUCGCCCGCUCCACCCUCACCGCCGCCAGGUCCGUCAGGGCUGCCCCUCGCCAGGUCCGCGCCGCCCACUUCGAGAACGUCGUUGAUCACACCCUCCCCACCAGCGUCAACAAGUACUCGCUCGCCGCCAAGAUGGUCGUUUUCGCCAUUGCCGGUUUCGGUACUCCCUUCCUCGGUGCUUGGUGGCAACUCGUCGGAAAGAAGUAAUCGCCAUAUGAUAUCUGUUGUAUGGGCAUAGGCGAUAUGCAUCUCUUUCUUUGGCUUUUCAA